AAGAAGAUGAUGUUGUGAAGCAACUUGUAACUAGCCUAACAACCAUUGACAUACCCAUGCUGACUUCUCUAUAAUUUUCCAGAGCUUAGACUAGCAAUGACACAAUCUAAAUUGGAAUUAGAUGAAUAAACCAAGAUUAUAAGCUUAUUAAGAGCGUGGACAAAUCUGUUUUCUCCACAUGGGCAGAUAUUUUUACAUGUGAUGAGAGGGAAGACAACACGGAUUUUAAUUAAUCUCAUACUUGUUUCUCAUUGGGUGAUUGGAUUUCUAAGUCUGUUUAAUCAUAAGAAGAGGAGACUGGAGGCAUUGGUGAUAGAACAUUCCAUCUUCUUUUGGGGUUUUUCUUGUUCAUUGAUCAACAUUUUGGUUGCUUACCUUUGCAAUAAUGAGUCCAAUUGUCAUCAUUACCACUGAAGAGAUGUCUCACUCUUUCUCUCUCUCAUUCACGCUCUCAUCUACACGCCCACCAGAAAAAAAAAACACAUGGAAAUAGCAUAAACCAUACCAUCCACCAAUAUUUAUAGGAGCUUACCUUCCCUCAAUUCCCAUCCAUCAUUUUCAGUUAUAACUUCUUCUUUCCCAUUCCCAUUCUAUUCCAAUGUGCAGCAACAACAUGAAUUGGCUUCCUUCUCAUCCUGCGAGAAAGCAAAGAUCAAAGCAAUCCAAGUCUCAAAUUUACAGACUUUCCAGGAAGAGAUGUGAAGAAAAGGUGGAGGAGGACAUAGAACUCAAGAACUUGAAGCUGUAUCUGGAGAAUCAAAGCAUCAUAGAAGAGAAUGAAAAGCUAAGGAAGAAAGCCAAUCUCCUUCAUCAAGAGAACUUAGCUUUAAUGUCAGAGUUCCAAAAAAAAUUUCCAAAUUUGGAUCGCUACUCAACUACCCUCUUGCUUCUGCAUAAACAAUGAUGCAGAAGAAACAAAGAAUUUCUGGCAACCCUCAUCUUAUACCUUCUUCCCUUUCACUCUCCAAUGUCCAUUCCCCUCUCCUACCUAAUCUCUAAUUCCAUGCUAUAAAUAUGUAUCAUGCCAGCACUAUGCGUUAGAAUUUUCUAGCAGUAGUAGUUGCAAUAUUCUUAAAUGAUAUCAACUUUAGUUUUUCACUCAAUAUUUGAAUUAUAUUUGCACCGUUCUGGUCUUUUAAGCAGGAAAGGUUAAAUGGAUAAAGGAAGUGCCUCUGUUGACACAUAAAUUCCAACAAUAGAUCACGGGACAAGCAGUUAGAUGAUUAUUCAUGUUUGUAAGAUGCUUUUAAUAUAUCAGAAAUCAAACUUUUUUAAAGUCGAAAAUUUUAAUUAUACAGACAUAAUUUAAAUUGCAUAGUCAUGGAUCAUUGAGAGCUAGGCAGUUUAGCCUUCUUCUGUGAUCCAUGGCAAAGAUAUAGACGUAAAACAUAACUUCUUGUCUCCUUAGUUCGUAUUAUACUUGACUUUCUCUCAAAAUGGAAGAAUCAUCUCUAAAGUUGGUGAUUUUUUU